UUGCCGGCGCACAAUCCUGAGCAGCUUACGACACUCAGUGAGCACUAGGUGCCUCUGCACGCUCUCGCAACACACUGCUCGGCUGAAGGGAAGGGAUUCUUGCUGUCUCUCUCUCCUCUAAGCAUCACCUAACAAGCACAGCGAACAAAGAAUGGGAAAUAAAGCUACCCUUAGCCGGUCAGUGAAUGAAUGGUAACCUCUCUCCGGAGUAAAAGGUUGUGCCGGUCAAUGGUCGUUGCAAAUGAUGGACAUUAAACAGAUUGACAAAUCCUGUGGAGUCGUUAGUAAAGAGUUUGGAGUUUUUUGCACGCCACAGUGUUAACUGCAGAGGAAAGGACAGAGGGAGAAGGAGAAGAUCAAGCUCAUGUACAUAGUUCUGAAACUUGCAGGUCCUAGGAGUCAGCUGCAAGGCGAGCUGGACAAGCCUUUUCGCUCUUUGAGCAGAAGCGAAGUGAGACAUUGUGAGCUUGCCAGCCUUGCACAAAAUUGAAAGGGACUGAAUUUGUAGCACAGAGGGGUCUUUUUUAGCUCUGCAUAUAAUUAGUCCAAACACAAAGGAAGCAACUGAAUGGAGGUUGUCACUCUCUGGAAAAGGGUGGGUAAGACACUUUUUAAUUAAAUUCUUUCAUGAAGAAAGAUUUUUUUUUUCUCUUUGCUGCAGCAUUUAACAUGAACAAAUUCACUAUCAUUUUACCUUUGAAUGUCUGUGAACUUUAAUGCUGCACAGCUCCUGCAUGCUGUAAAGUGAAAUAUUUGCCUCUGUGUUUGUUCUGUUUGCUGUUUUGCUCUGGUUUUCCGGCUUUGGUUUUUCGGGUUUGUGUUUUUUUGGGGUUUUUUUUUUGGGGGGGGGGGUUGGUUGUGGUUUUUUUCCCCCUCUUAAAUAAAAUAUGAUGUAGAAUUUGAAACGAUUCAAUGGACAUUCUCAAGCCGAUUUGGAAAUAUUCUUGCUAAUGGAUUUCCUUCUUAUCGGUCUCUGUUUAAACUGGCUGCUGAGGAAGCCCCCGGGGUUGAUAUUGUGUACGCUGGGUAUCUUUUCUAAAAUGCUUCCAGCCGUGAAUAGUGGGUGUCCACAGCUAUGUCGGUGUGAGGGCAGGCUUUUGUACUGUGAAUCACUGAAUCUUACAGAGAUGCCUCGCAACCUGUCGGGCAUGAUGGGCUUGUCUCUGCGGUACAACAGCCUUUCAGAGCUGCAUGAUGGACAGUUCACAGGGUUAAUGCAGCUCACGUGGCUCUAUCUGGAUCACAAUCACAUUUGCUCAGUGGAGGGGAAUGCCUUUCAAAAAUUGCGGCGAGUUAAAGAGCUCACUCUGAGUUCCAACAAAAUAACCCAACUGGCCAACACCACUUUCCGACCCAUGCCAAACUUGCGCAGUGUGGAUUUAUCAUACAACAACCUACAGUCUUUGGAGCCUGACCUGUUCCACGGGCUGAGAAAACUGACAACUUUGCACAUGCGGUCGAACGCCAUCAAGUUCGUGCCCGUGAGAAUUUUUCAGGACUGUCGCAGCCUGAAGUUUCUAGACAUAGGAUACAAUCAGUUAAAGAGCCUGGCUCGAAACUCUUUUGCAGGCUUGUUCAAACUCACCGAGCUGCACCUCGAGCACAAUGACUUGGUGAAGGUGAAUUUAGCCCAUUUCCCCAGGCUCAUCUCCCUGCACUCUCUCUGCUUGCGAAGGAAUAAAGUUACCAUCGUCGUAAACACUUUGGACUGGAUAUGGCAGCUCGAAAAAAUGGAUCUCUCCGGCAACGAAAUCGAAUACAUCGAACCUCAUGUCUUCGAGAGCGUACCUCACCUCAAAUCCCUGCAGCUGGACUCCAACCGGCUGACCUACAUCGACUCCCGAGUCCUCGACUCCUGGAAGUCCCUCACGAGCAUCAGCCUCUCGGCCAACGCUUGGGAUUGCGGCCGCAACGUUUGCGCCCUGGCCUCCUGGCUGAGUAACUUCAAGGGUCGCUACGACAGCAACCUGCUCUGCGCCACCCCUGAGUACGCGCAGGGCGAGGAUGUUUUGGACGCGGUGUACGCUUUCCACUUGUGCGAAGACACAGCGGACCCGACGAGCGUUAACACCCUCUCCCCGGUAACCAACAACAGCGACCAAACGCUCAGCUAUGGCUCCGCCACCGCCACCACCUACGACGUGCAGGACGGCGACGGUGACCAACAGCGCAGAAACCAAAAGCAAAAACAGACCAUGCAUCAAAUGGCUGCCAUGUCAGCCCAGGAGUAUUACGUUGAUUACAAACCCAACCACAUUGAGGGAGCCCUGGUCAUUAUUAAUGAGUACGGAUCUUGUUCCUGUCACCAGCAGCCAGCGAGGGAAUGCGAGGUGUGAUUUUCCCUGGGGAUGAUUUCAAACAGUGU